AUGUAUUUCAAAGAUAAUGCUGAGAAGAUGUGCAAGAGAUGCACUGAUGGUUGCAAAGUGUGCAGCAAUGCAACUGACUGUCAAGAGUGUGUUGCACCAAAGAUGUUGGAGGAGGGAACUAUGAAGUGUGUUGAGAAAUGUCGAGAUGGGUUUUUCAAUGUCGACAACAAAAAGUGUGAUGUGUGCAUGGAUAACUGCAUGACGUGUGCAGCAAAAGAAAAGUGUGACAAGUACAAAGAAAACUAUUUUAUGUUAGAUGGCAAAUGUGUUGACAUGUGUCCAGAAAAGUACUUUGAAAAAGAAGGAAAAUGUGAGAAGUGCAAUGACACAUACAACACGUCACGCAAAGAAGGUGACACUGAAUGCGAGGUUUGUAUGAACAAAAGUGGGACAUUGAAGGUGUUGGUUUGUCUUGAUGAUUGCCUUCUAAGUUACUUUUUGGUUGGUUUUAAUUUAAAUCUGUUUUUAACACUUGAGAUAAAUAAUAAACAAGAAUUAGACCGUACGACUAGGAUCAUUCUUAGAGAUGAAGACUUUCAUCACUUCAGUGCCAAAGGGAGAUACGCAGCAAUGCACGAUGAACUGCUUGUUGAGGGGUUGAGUGCGUGCACAACACUCUGA